ACUCCCCCCAACUUUAUGAAGCCCUAACCCUUAUUCACCACAAACCACUCGCCGCCUUCCCUUCCUUUAAGAACCACAAACCACACCACACAACUUCACAUUCACAUUCUCAUUCUCGAACAAUCAAUCAAUCAAUCAAAUCUCACCACCAAAUCCCCAAUUCAACAACCGAUCUUCAAUGGGUUCCAAGCGAUCUGACUACGGCGACGGCGCCAGUCCCGGCAAGAUUUUCAUUGGGGGAUUAGCCAAAGAGACUACCAUAGAUACGUUUGUUAAGUACUUUGGGAAGUAUGGUGAGAUUACCGACUCUGUUAUUAUGAAAGAUCGGUUGACUGGUCGACCCAGGGGUUUUGGGUUUAUUACUUAUGCAGACCCUACUGUUGUUGAUACUGUUAUUGCUGAGACACAUGUUAUUAGUGGCAAACAGGUUGAGAUCAAGCGAACGAUUCCGAAAGGCUCUGCCGAGUCUAAAGAUUUCAAAACAAAAAAGAUAUUUGUCGGUGGGAUUCCGGCUGCAGUUACCGAAGACGAGUUCAAAGAAUUCUUUUCGAAGUAUGGAAAAGUAUCUGAGCAUGAAAUCAUCAGAGAUCAUGUGACGAAACGUCCUCGAGGGUUUGGGUUUAUCGUAUUCGAAAGUGAACAAGCGGUUGACGAAAUUCUAGCGAAUGGAAAUAUGAUUGAUAUGAAUGGUACACAGGUUGAGAUCAAGAAGGCUGAACCAAAGAAAUCCUCAAAUUCAGGAAUUAAUUCGUACAAUAGGGAACCUAAGGGACGAGGAUACGGCGGUAGUUAUGACGGGUUUGAUGAUUCAUAUGGCGGUUAUGGUGGUGGUGGUGGAGGUUAUGGUCCUCCUCCUUAUAGGUCAUUCGGAGGACCACCAAGUAGGUUUGGUGAUUAUGGUCCAUACGGGCCUGGUGCAAGUGAAUUCGGGGGUCGUUAUGGUGAUUAUGGCGGCGAUUACGGUGGUUAUAGGGGCGGUGAGCCGCCUCUUGGCGGCUACUCUAGCCGUUUUAGUUCUUUCGGGGGCGGUGGGUAUGGUGGCGGAGGUUACGGAGGGAGUGAGUUAGGUGGGUAUGGUCGCGGUGGCGGCGGCGGUGGUGGUUAUGGUGGGCCAGGUGGCGGGUAUGGCGGUUAUGGUGGGCCAGGUGGCGGCGGUGGCGGUGGGUAUGAGUCGGGUGCGGGUUCGGGUUACGGUGGAGCGGGUGGGCCGUACGGUAGUAGGGCAGGUUAUAGUGGCGGUAGCCGUUACCACCCUUAUGGCAGGUAGACAAUUAGCAACCACAACCGUUGGAUCUCAUCUUUUGGUUCGAGAGAAUCAAAUAGACAUUAAGAGCCCUUACAGCACAACAAGACACUAGAAAGAAGAUCAGAGUUUGAUUUGCAUUUAGUUAGACUAGAACCUUGUGUUAUUGUGUACUUUUUGUUUAAGGAUUUAUGUUCAAGGAUAAUUGUUGGUACUAGGUUCCGUCUUUUAGUAUUCGACCUCGUAUAGUCGUCGAUUUAUAUGAUUUUUGAAGUCUAUAUGAUCAUCUCCAGGCAGGUAACUGAUGUAGGAUUCUUCAUCCUAGUUACUAGUACUUUGGUGUUGCAUA